AUGGGCUCUUCAAAGCUGUUCCAAGAUGCCCUCCUGGAAGAGGGCGAUCCCGCCGCCAACAAAUCGAGCGCCUCGUCGCAUCCGAUGUUCCACCCCGACCCGACAGAUGUACCGUGGGACGGCGAGGAGAGGCUGCAGGAUAGAGUGCUGCGCAUGGUCAUGGACAAGUACAAGCCCCUCCGCAUCGCCCCGACCGAAGGAGAGGACCUCGUCGAUCGCAAGCUCAAGGGCGUCCAGACACCCACCGCACCCGGCGUGGCGCCCGUCACGCCAUCAGCACCAUCUACAUCGCUUCAGCUAGACGAGACAGUGGCGGACGGGGAGAAGGACGAUCGUAGACUCCCAAGGACCCCCGACGCCAAGCCCUGGCGCGCCGUCUACGUCCGCCCGAGCCACCUCGGCGGCACGGGCACGCCCAACAUCUACUACGGCCAGUUCCUCCAGUCCGCCUCGUCGUCCAUGGCCGGUGUCCAAGGCGGCGGCGUGGGCGGCCCGAGCAGCGCCGCUCGACAGAAGCUCAAAGAGGCCGGCGUCAAGGUGUCGCAGCUUCCGCUCGACGACCCCAAGGCCAUGCGGCAGAUCCGCGAGGGAGUCAAGAAGCUUGAGAGGGUCAACAAGAUCUCGCGCGCCCGCGACGGCGUGCUCGACUACCGACUGGGCAAUCGGGCGGCCGUCUUCGCCUCGUCGUCGUCGUCUUCGGGUGCCUCUGCCGACGGUCAGGAGGAUGGAGCAGCAGCGCAGCCAAAGGAAGCCGACCAGCUCCUCGCUAUGGGAGGCGGAACGCGCGGCUGGGCCUCGGUGGUCGAGGAACGCAUCCGCGCCGCCCAGGACGCGGGUCUGUUCAAGACCAACAAGCUGCGCGGCAAGCCAAUGGAGCGCGACAUCCAGGAGCGCAACCCGUUCCUCAACAGCGAGGAAUUUUUCAUGAACCGCAUCGUCAAGCGCCAGGGCGCCGCUCCGCCGUGGGUCGAACUCAACGCCGAACUCGAAGACGAGGUGGGCAAGUUCCGCUACCGCCUCGUCGAGCAGUGGUGCAGGCGCGCCGUCAGGAUGGUCAUCAGCAGCGGGUCGAUGAGGAGCGGCCUCGAGGCUCUGGACCACUCGCAGGCACCACCGCCCGCUGCCAGUAGCAGCGGCGCUGCGGCACCGGCGGUCUCGCCGUUUGGAAAGGAGAGGGACACGGCACCGCCGCUCUACAGCUUCAUCCCGCCGGCGCGGACCGAGGGGGAACAGCGGACGCUCGACUUGGCGGCGCGGUACCGCGAUCCAGAGUGGCUGGAGCGCGAGCGGGCCUACCACGCCCACGAGAUCCAGCGCCUCAACGAGAUUGUGCGGCGGCACAACCACCUCGCUCCCUUCCACGCGCGGAAGGGGCUCAUGUCGGUCGACCGCGAGAUUGGCGACCUCUACGAGCGCGCCAGGCCAGAGCUGGUCCGGAGGCUCAGCGCUGCGAUUCGCGAUCAGAGCGGCGCCGGUCGCGGCGCCGACGGGGCGGGCGCGGAUGGCAAGAAGGAAAAGGAGGCAACGAGAGAUGUGUGGGGCCGCAUCGUUGCGUGGGGCGAGGCGCGGCCGACCGAGUCCGGGCAGCGAGGCGGCGGAUGGUGGGGCAAUAGCGUCGGAAGCGCGGGCGAGCGGGACUCGCCUGUGUCGUACCAGGACGGACGAGCGGGCGCUGAUGAGGGAGCGGGCAGGCGACGUGCGGGCGAGACGCCUUCGCUCGGGCUCCUCGUCGCGCUGCGCAGGACCAUCGACUGGGCAAAGGAGCGGAUAGGCGUGUAG